UUCCAAAUUUUAAAAACUAAGAUAUAGUAAAUAUGAUCUAAAUCUGUUAUUUUCACAGGUUGACUGAUGACUGGAUCCCCUUCUCUUUAGGAAUCCCAAUCUCUUCCUCUCAAAAUCCAUCACAUAUAUAAAACACAUCUUGCUUCAUUUUCGCUCUCCUCUCGACCUCUGUUUUCUUCUUCUCAUCUCCCAAGAUAACAGACUCCAAUAUCUUUUACCUUCAUCAUCAUCUGUCUCCAAUUUUCGCUUCACACUUUUCUCACUUCUUCUCAUAAUUACACAAACUUCACUUUCUUUCUCUUCUUCUUUCCAUAUUAAUCCGCUUUUUUUUUUCCAUAUAUAAACAAUUUUCAAUCCACUCAUUCACACCCCAAUAAUAAUUACUGUUAUAAUUUUCAUCUUCUGGGUUUCUUUUAAUUCAUUGAGAAAUUUCAUUUCUUUUGCUUCGUUUUUUUCAGAAUAACAAAGGAGAAUUAUAAAGUUCUUAAUUUUAAGUAAUGGAAGGAUUUUGCUACUACAGACCUUACUCUAAUCCCGAGUUCGAAUCUUUGAUCGAACAUAUUAAUCCUCCAAGGGUUUGUAUUGACAACGAAGCUUGUAAAGAUUGCACCCUUAUCAAGGUGGAUAGUGCAAACAAGCAUGGGAUUCUGCUAGAAGUUGUACAAAUCUUGACUGAUCUAGACCUUUUUAUAUCUAAAUCAUACAUUUGCUCUGAUGGUGGAUGGUUCAUGGACGUCUUCCAUGUGACGGACCAAUUUGGGAAGAAGAUCACUGAUGAAGCUCUCAUUGAAUACAUUCAGAAGGCGAUAUGUGCCAAGAGGAAUUCAAAAGAGGCACAAAUAUGCCCAGGUAGAGAGGUGAGACCUCGGCAUGUGGCAAUGGAGUGUACGGCCCUAGAGAUGACAGUGACAGAUCAGCCAGGGCUGCUAUCCGAAGUGUCAGCCGUGCUUACUGAGUUGGGAUGCAAUGUCAGUGCUGCGGUUGCAUGGACCCACAACCACCGUGGUGCAUGCAUCAUCUAUGUGGACGACCAAGAGAUGGGGAAACCCAUCACAGAUCAGAAGCGCCUCUCCUACAUACAAGAACAAUUACAAACUGUUGUGGAGGCUCAUCAUAAGAACGGUGAGAAGCAAACUGUGAGAUUGACCACUCCUUCCACCAGUCAGACCCAUACUGAGCGGAGGCUCCACCAACUGAUGGUGGCUGACGAGGACUAUGCGACUUGUAGCGAUUGUGGUGGCAGUGUAGGUGGUGGUGAAGGGACCAAGUAUGCUAGAAUUCAUGGGAUGAGCUGUGGAUGUACUCAUGUAUCAAUAGAUACUUGUAAAGAGAGAGGGUAUUCUGUGGUAAAUAUAAGGUGUAAAGACCGUCCGAAGCUGCUUUUUGACACUGUAUGUGCCCUCACCGAUAUGCAAUACAUGGUGUUCCAUGCAGCCAUUUCAUCCAACUCCUCCAUUGCAGUUCAGGAGUAUUAUGUACGACGCAAAGACGGAUGCACAUUGGACACUGAGAACGAGAGGCGAAGAGUAAGACAAUGUUUGAUUGCUGCCGUAGAAAGAAGAGGCACACAGGGUUUGAGAGUAGAAAUCACUGCCAAGGAUAGAAUAGGACUACUUUCAGAUGUAACAAGAGUUUUUCGGGAGUAUGGGCUAUCCGUAACAAGAGCUGAGAUCGGCACUAGUGGUGAAAAGGCUACUGGAACAUUUUACGUCACUGAUAUUUCAGGUCGAAAGAUAAGCAAAGAAAUGGUGGAGGCGAUAGAGCAAAAGAUUGACGGAAGUGUUGUGGUGCAUGAUAAAACACCCAACAAAAAGUAUAAUAGUAACACAAGUGAAAUGGAAGAUAGACCAAGUUUGCUAUCGCUAGGUAGCUUCCUAUGGUCUCGACUUGAGAGAAUUUCAGGCAACUUCGGACCUGUGUGGUCAUAAUUAAAACUUAAAUCUCUCUCAAGCUACAACCUCAGCUCAUAUGUAAAUACGAUAGAAGAUGCAUGUAGUUGUUAGGAAGGUGUAAAGUAAUAGGAUAUGGCGGACGUCUUGCAUUAUAGUACAUGUAAAUAACAUGAAUUGUGAAUGUCUUCAUAAUCUACUAGACAGGGCUUCCUUAGUUUCGUAAA